CUCGUUUAGUAACUAUGAGAUUCUGGGCUGUGAUCGCGUUUGUGUUUUGCGCGUUGAGCGCUCAACCGCUCGAAACGGAAAGCGCGAAGAUUUUGGCUACUCUUCCAUUUCCCGGUCGCUCGCAGUACAUAUUUAUGGAGACCUACUUAAAGGCACUGGCCGCUCGGGGUCACCAAGUGACAGUGAUAAACACGUUCAAAAACAAGGAAACGCCCAACAUGCGCUUCAUUGAGGCUUUCAAAGUGCAUGAAUAUGCUGAUGCUAUUAUGGAACUGAUUACUCAAUCGACAUUAUGGCAGCAACUAAAUGCAUUGGAAUUCAUCAUAUCGAAUUUCACUGAGGUCACCUUGCAGGACAAAGGUGUUAAAAACCUCCUAAACUCUGGGGAAACUUUCGAUCUAGUUUUGGCCGAGAUGAUCCAAAUGGAAGCCCUUUAUGGAAUGGCCCAGCACUUCAAUGCCACCCUGGCCGGAUUCUCUAGCUUCGGAACGGAUAGAAAAGUUGAUGAGGCUGUUGGAAAUAUAUCCCCAAUAUCGUAUAACCCAUUGGUGACAUCUCCACGCACCGAUAAGAUGACUUUUUGGGAACGUUUGGUGAAUCACUAUGAAGUCGUUGUGGAGGACCUUCAUCGGUACUUCGUUCACCUGCCAGCGAUGGAGAAACUAUACAAGAAGUAUUUCCCGAAUGCAAAGAAAACUAUGGAGGAGGUCAUGGAUAGUUUUUCCAUGGUUCUGUUGGGUCAGCACUUUUCAUUAAGUCAUCCGCGACCCUAUUUGCCCAAUAUGAUCGAGGUUGGUGGAAUGCAAAUUUCGCACAAGCCAAAACCUUUGCCCGAGAACAUUAAGCAAUUUAUUGAGAGUGCCCCGAAUGGUGUUAUAUACUUCUCGAUGGGUUCGAAUGUGAAGAGUAAAGAUCUGCCUCAGGAAACCCGUGAUAUUUUGCUGAAAACCUUUGCCAAACUAAAGCAGCGAGUGCUGUGGAAAUUCGAGAAUGAUGAUAUGCCGGGAAAGCCAGCUAAUGUACAGAUCCAGAAAUGGUAUCCGCAACCCGAUAUUCUGGCCCAUCCGAAUGUGAAGAUGUUCAUCACUCAUGGCGGUUUGUUGAGUCAAAUAGAGAGUGUUUACUUUGGCAAACCCGUUCUGGGAUUGCCGUGUUUCUACGAUCAACACAUGAAUGUCCAGCGCGCACAGCGAUAUGGAUUCGGUUUAGGAUUGGAUCUCAAUAACCUCAAGCAAGAUGAACUGGAAAAAGCCAUCAAUACUUUGCUCACCGACCCGAGUUAUUCCAAAGCAGCUGCUGCCAUUUCGGAGCGAUAUCGCGAUCAGCCACAAACAUCUUUGGAUCGCGCUAUCUGGUGGACGGAAUAUAUAAUCAGGCACAAAGGCGCUCCCCAUCUGCGAGCUGCCUCCAGAGACCUCAACUUUAUUCAGCUCCACAGUCUGGACACUUGGGCUGUGAUCUUGGGAGUUCCUCUUAUCGCCACCUUGAUCAUCCUAAAGUUAUCUCUUAAAUUGAUAGGGAGCAAGAAACAAAAGUGCCCCCACGCUGAUAAGAUUAAAAAGCAGUAAAGGCUUUUGUUUCUAUGUUUGCUGUUUACUGUUUUAAGUACCUUGUUGUCAUAUCAGCCUUAUCUAGAAAAAUAUAUAGUUUAAUUGAUCGAA